GAGUCCGCAGCGGUCCGCCGACACCGAACCGAACCUGAGGCGUCCGAGCGGGAUGGAGGCAGAGCGGCUGCUGACGGACCCGAGCUCAGCUGCUGCUCCCCGGCCUUGAACGCGUCACGUCCGCCGCUGGAGCCGCGGAGCCCGGAGGAGCGGCGGGUGGAGCUGCAGUCUGCCGGGCCGAGCCGUGCUGAGCCGAGCCGUGCUGAGCCGAGCCGAGCCGUGCUGAGCCGAGCCGAGCUGCCGUCCUCUCCCGGCCUGAUAACUAUGCUGAGCUAGCUGCAGGACUGAAGACUCGAUUGCACCCCCGAAACCACACCCGAUCUCUCCUGUCUGCCUCUCAGCGACCCUGCAGCAUGGAGCGCUCCGGCAGCAUCCAGCUCGACAUCCCGGACUUCAGUAACUCGGUUCUGUCCCACCUGAACCAGCUGCGCGUUCAGGGCCGGCUCUGCGACAUCGUGGUCAACGUCCAGGGUCAGAGCUUCCGGGCCCACAAGGUGGUCCUCGCCGCCAGCUCGCCAUACUUCCGGGACCACAUGUCCCUGAGCCAGAUGAGCACGGUGUCGCUGACCGUGAUCCGCAACCCGUCGGUGUUUGAGCAGCUGCUGACCUUCUGCUACACGGGGCGCCUCUGCCUGCAGCUCGCUGACAUCAUCAGUUACCUGACCGCUGCCAGCUUCCUGCAGAUGCAGCACAUCAUUGACCGCUGCACGCAGAUCCUGGAGGGCAUCCACCUGAAGAUCAGCCUGGCCGACAUGGAGGAGGAGCCCUCAGAAGAUGCCAUCCGGAUCACCCGGGUCAACCGGACCCUGGAGGCAGUGGUGAGAGGCGGUGGUCAUCACGCCACCCUGCGGCUCCUCGGUUCCCGGGGAGUGGCGGAGGCGUGCGAGGCGAUCAGUCCCGUCGAGGAGCCGCUCAGCCCGCCGUCCACCGUGGAGAACAGUGGACUGGAAGGUCCUGAGGCCGCCGCCAUCAGAGUGGGCAAAGAACCGAUCCUUCGCAUUAACCGGGCCGGUCAGUGGUACGUGGAGACGAGCAGCGAGCCGGAGCGCAGCGGCAGCGCAGAGGAGGGGGGCGGGGCAAUGGAGCGCGUGAGAAUCAAGACGGAGAGGAUGGAGGACUGGAUCGGAGCGGGAGAGCACCAAGAGGAGGGGGGGCCCGAAGAGGAGGGGGGCACCGUGAUGAUCGACACGUCAGGACGCAGCACGCUGGUGACGGGCCCGAUGAGUGCUCUCGGGGCGCGGAGCGCUCAACCGUCCUCCAGCUUCAGCGAGACGGACAGGUUCAGUCCCACCGGCAGCGUUGUGGUCGUGGCGGAGCGUCAGAGAGCCAAGAGCGAGUCUCCCAGCAGGACGGACGAGCUGCGACAGCCGAGCUCCAAGGGGGAGGAGCACGCUGCGUUUGACAUGGGGGGUUAUGAGGACUACCUGAGGGAGCAGGUAGGAGACCGCUGGUUCCGUUACAACCCCAGGCUCACCUGCAUCUACUGCUGCAAGUCCUUCAACCAGAAAGGAAGCCUGGACCGCCACAUGCGCCUGCACAUGGGCAUCACGCCGUUCGUCUGCCGCAUCUGCGGGAAGAAGUACACCCGCAAAGACCAGCUGGAGUACCACAUCCGCAAGCACACCGGCAACAAGCCCUUCCACUGCCACGUCUGCGGCAAGAGCUUCCCCUUCCAGGCCAUCCUCAACCAGCACUUCCGCAAGAACCAUCCAGGCUGCGCCCCCCAGGAGGCCCACAGCGCCUCACCUGAGACCACCACCACCUCCAUCACAUCCAGGGGGGGCCCGAGCGAUGAGGCCUCCCCCAGCCAGGAGGAUCCUGAGGGCGGGGGUGGUGGGAGCAGCAGCGGUGGGGGCCAGUACAGUGAGGGUCCUCAGGCCUCCGUCUCCACCACGGGGCCCGACUGACCCCAAGGGUAGCAGCAGGGUGGGUUUCAGAUGGGGGGUGGGGUGGUGGGGGGUGACCCUGAUGUUCCUGAACCAUCAGGAAAAUGAACCUAACGACCGAACGAACACCUCAGUCCGAACUGAGAUUUUUUUCCGCUUUAAACCGCAUCUACCUUCACAAACCAAACGGAACCGAUUAAGCUAAAAAAUUAAGAAACGCCACACACUCCAACAACCUCAUACGCCACACAGUGGUCCUUGUUUGCCUCCGUCGAUGUUAUGUUACAGAUUUCUACUUUUAUAUUACAGCUUCUUAUGACUACAGGUUAUUAUUCACAAUGCAGCAUCACAACAGUCUGUCUGGUGGAAACUUGCCAAACUACUCAGUGCCAGUUUAACACUUCAAUCCUUUAUUUUUGCCUUGAGACAAUCUGGAGCGGCGAGGGUCAGCUGAUAAUCCUGCGCUCUCAAAGUGCCACACGGCAUGACGAGAUUUAGAUGCACAAAAAGGUUCAAAUGAGAAAAACACGACUGUUAAAGAACGUGUUCCAGUGUGAUCGCAGUUUCUCAACUUUAGUGCCGUUAAGGAGGAACAGACUGACUGUUUCUGUUUCAUUUCAAAGUGGACGCAGGUCUCGCACUACACCGUGUCACUCUACUCUAAGUCCUCAACUUGUACCAGCGGCCCAAUCAGACGCUCACAUUUCCCUUUAGGGCUGACACUAACUGCUCCGAGUAUCUUUGAUUACUCAGCUGGUAACCUUUCUCCCUCUUGAUAAGCAGAUUAAUCGUUUGUUCUGAAAAUCUUGACAAACUUUAGAGCCCGCUGUGACUCAUUUAGUCCCAGUGAGAGAGAGAGCCGCUGUUGAAGUUUAAAUUUGUGCCAAAUCGUUUCAGGUCACGGAUCGAAGCUAUGGAGGAAGUCGACCCCAGGCACUCAUUGACUAAAGUGGCGGUGAAGGGCGGUGUAGUGCGCAGCAGCGUGCGUGAAGUGCGUGGAAAUUCAGGGUUAGACAUUCUCCAGCAAACACGACUUGUCCAGGUGGAAUCAGGCGACCCUGCUGUCACGAUACCAGAACUGUAAACUGUAAAGAUAUCCAAACGUGUUUGACACCACAGGGAAAAAAAAUAGAAGCUAAUAUUGUUGUUUUAACCCCCCCCCCCCCCUUAACCGGCCCUGAAGAAGAAGCUCAUUGGUUGCUUUUGAAAGCUCGGGGUGUAAACAGAUAAACGUUCGCCUCCAUCACAUCCAUGAAGUAACAGCAGGCGGAAUCUGUGAUCACACUGGAUUAGCGGCGUUAGCGUGAAUUCUUUAACGUUGUUUUUUUUUCCUCACCUUUGAACCUCGGGUAGAUUAAAGGAACCAUCGGGCAGCCUGUUGACCGACUCACAGCAGGAAACCUGGACCGAGUCCGAGUCCAGCCUCAGAUAAGCUACACAGUUACCUCUCAUCACUACGCAAUACAGCUGCUGCACCGCACAGCACAGCACCACCGGGGGGCGCUCUGACCGACUCACACAGAGAACCCCAUCAGUCUUCUCAGAUAUUUUUAUAGACAAGCAUGUGUUUGUUUUGUUUUUGUUUUCUUGGACACUUUUUUGCUCUGACAAUGUGUGUGACGGAUGACAGGAGUUACACGUUAGAGGAGACGGCGUCGACCUGAUCCACAACGUCUCGCUCACCUUGAAGUCUGCAGCCAGAACAAAAAACUGAAGCUACACAGAUUUAAAAGCUUUUAUUUUAACCACAGAUGAUCGAAGAACAUAGAAAGGUAACUGCAAAGUGUCUCACAGGUGCAGACUCACAGGUGCGGUCUCACAGGUGCAGACUCACAGGUGCGGUCUCACAGGUGCAGACUCACAGGUGCGGUCUCACAGGUGCAGACUCACAGGUGCGGUCUCACAGGUGCAGACUCACAGGUGCGGACUCACAGGUGCGGUCUCACAGGUGCGGACUCACAGGUGCAGACUCACAGGUGCGGACUCACAGGUGCAGACUCACAAGUGCGGUCUCACAGGUGCAGACUCACAGGUGCAGACUCACAGGUGCAGACUCACAGGUGCAGGUCUCACAGGUGCGGACUCACAAGUGCGGUCUCACAGGUGCGGACUCACAGGUGCGGACUCACAGGUGCGGACUCACAGGUGCGGACUCACAGGUGCAGUCUCACAGGUGCAGUGGCGUUGAUGCAUCAUGACAGCAGAUGUUGUGAUCAGGUUGACGUCGAUCAGCAGGGACAGGAUGAGGAGCUGGACCCUGUCCGACCAGAUGGAUGUAGAAACCAGGCCAGGUGGACUUAAAAACCCCUCCUGAGAGGGUCAAAGUUCACCUGCUGGAGGAGGAAGGGGGGAGCAGGUGAGCUCACCUGGCAACCAAAGGAAAGACAACAACUUCAGCACUUAUCGAGGGGAGCGAGAGAGACGGGUUCAAAGUGAACUUUUUAUAAACAGAACUAUUAUUAAUCUUCACGUAUUAUCAGACAAACAUAUUUAAACUACUAAGACGUUUUUUUUUCACAAUGAUGUAAGCGAGCUCAGUCCAGGUGUACGCUCGGCGGGCAGGUAGCACACAGAUUGGCUGUUACUGUUUCUCUACACAGCUGUGAAUCCGACUCUCAGAGGACGUUUCAUUUUUUAUGCAAACUGAACUCAGCGGCUCUGUCCUCACUCCGGCUGGAUGGACUCGAGUUUUGCCGCCGCCGUCGCCUCACUCUUCAGGCUAAAACAGGAACUAUCAGGUAUACAGACUUUCUUUAUUCAGUGAAUCAGACGUUUACCUUUCCCUACGUAGCAGAACGCUAACGGCUAAACCUCAGUGCAGCUACAGGCCGCAGAAACAAAACUCACCUGUAAAUAAACUCGGCAGAAGCAGGUUAGAAACUCCUGCGAGUCUCUGCAGAGGGCGACAAAAACACACAAAUCUGAGUUGGAAAGCGUGGAACUAAAAUCAGUGAUGACAACGACGAGAGUCUGGGCAGGUUUACUGGUUAUCGUCACGUCUUUCCUGACCUUCAGGACGUGUUGACAGUUAACGACACAAACGUCGAACCCCUACAGAACGAGCAGGAAACACUUAUGCUAAGCUAACAAUGUUUUUCACUUAUUCAGGCUAAUGUUAAAAACAUCGGGUCGAUUGUUCUGGAUAAAAACUUUCAGAUGAUUGAAUCUUUUAAGUCGAUGAGGUUGAACUUUGCAUGAGGAGAAACUUGCUCGGCUCGGACUCGAACAGUCGAGACUUGAGGAGCAGACGGACUGAACUCAGUGCAGCAGAGACCGGAACAGACGAGUCCUUCGUUCAAGGAAAAACACGAUUUCUCUUCUCUUUUAUAAAAUGAAUCAAGAAGUCAUGAACUUCGAACACAAGCAUUUUCAAACGUAAACGGGUCGGCCGCUCUCUGCACUGAAACGUCUUCUUCCAUUAACUCGUCAUUUCAAACCAGUUUUACGUCAGUCUGAUCCAUGAAGGAGGAGAAGUCUGAGCAGAGUGAACGAAAACAUAACUCGAGUUUAAAUCAAGGAAAGUUUAUUUCUGUCGCACAUAUCAGGAAGGAGGCGCCACAACACGAAAAGAGACCAAUCACAGAGGAAAAUAAAAAUGCAGGGGCGUGUCCAGAGGGCCACACUAGAAAUCUGAUUGGCCACUCCAAAAAUCCUAAACUGUGAUAGGCUAUUAGCCGUGUCAAAGGCGGGACUUCCUGAGGAUUCAGGCUCACAGUUUGCCCCGUCAGUGUCGAGUAACAGCCCUAUGGCGCCCGGGAAACCCCACGCAGAGGCGCCGUGUCACAAUGCCAGUUUUUGAAAUUGAUAGAAACACUCUGCGGCUGAAUCACGCCAACAGAGCAGAGCUCAGUUUAAACACUCAUGUUGACCUCUGACCUCUGACCAGAGUCGUUAAAAUAGAACGGAGUCGGAAGAUAUCGAUGCCUGUUUGAUACACAAACAAACUCCUGCACACCGUCCUGGCUGCACAAGUACGUCCGUGAUGCAUUCGUACGAAAUGUUACCGACGUAUAUGUGCAGUAGAUUAAAGAUCAAAGGUUAAUCGUGGUAUCAAACAGAACGGUCGACUCUGAACUUGACUGAUCUCUGACUUUUCCUCUUUGAUGGAUCUUCAGUUUUAUUUCAAACUGUGAAAACAUCCCAACCUCAUCUUCCUCGCCUGUGCUCUUCAUCGUCUUGGAGUCGCAGCGACUCGUUUGUUUCACGCCAAACGUUGUUUCGUUCAGUCCGAUCCUUUUUCUGUGUGAAUAUAUUCAGUGAGCGCGACCACGACGAGCCUAUCGACGAAUCAUUGGGAUCUCUCCACGUUACGAGAUCGCUCGUUACUGUUCUUAAAGUAUAUCCUAAUAUAUCGAAACAAGACGACUUACGUCAAGUUAACUUUUAUUACUGUACAUUUUUUACAGAGGAGGUACUGAACGCUCUGUAGAGGAUUUAUGUGAAGAUCUUUAUGUUGCAUGUCUCUGUUGGGGGAUGGGGGGGGUCAAAGGUUAAUUAUUAGUUAAUAAAAAUGUGAAGACGCUUCUUUCACCAUGACCACUAGAUCACUCACAGGAUGCAUCUCCUUUAAAGGAAAUAAAGCACUUUAAGUGUCAAACAG